AUGGCGAGAUGCUGCCUGCUGCUCCUCUUCUGGGCGUUCCUCUGGCCGGCGGCCAGCGCGGUGCCGUGUCACCCCGACGACCUUCGCUCGCUGCGGGGUUUCGCCGGAGACCUCAGCGGCGGGGCCGUCCUGCUCCGCACCGCAUGGUCCGGCGCCUCGUGCUGCAGCUGGGAAGGUGUGGGCUGCGAUGGCACCAGCGCUCGCGUCACGGUGCUGCGGCUCCCCUCGCGCGGCCUCACGGGGCCCAUCCCAGGAGCCUCUCUAGCCGGCCUCGUGUGGCUGGAGGAACUCUUCCUCGGCUCAAACUCUUUCAUGGGCGUCCUCCCAGACGCGCUCUUCGGGCUCGCUAGGCUAAGGAAGCUUUCACUCGCAUCCAACGAGCUCACCGGCCAGCUGAGCUCACGCUUCGGGGAGCUCACACACCUCACCUUGUUGGAUUUGUCCACCAACCGCUUCUUCGGCCGCCUCCCGGACGUGUUCGACGAUCUCACGUCGCUAGAGCAUUUGGCCGCACACUCCAAUGGCUUCUCCGGCUUCCUGCCGCCGUCUCUGUCAUCACUAUCAUCUCUUCGUGGGCUCAACCUCCGGAACAACACCUUGUCCGGCCCGAUUGCUCGUGUUAGCUUCUCCGGCAUGCCACUUCUUGCUUCCGUUGACUUCUCCACAAACUACCUGACUGGGUGGCUCCCGGCCAGCCUUGCGGGCUGUGGCGAGCUCAAGUCGCUCAACCUUGCCAACAACACAUUGGUUGGCACCAUCCCGUCGUGGAUUGGUGAGUUUGACCACCUUUGGUACUUGAAUCUCUCAAAUAAUUCAUUCGUUGGCGAGGUACCCAAAAGUUUGUUACGGCUCAAGGGCCUCGCCACCGCGGGUCGUUCAUCGGGUAUGGUUUUCACUAACAUGCUAUUGUAUGUAAAUGACAAAAGAAGAGCACUCAAUGAACAACCAAAUACCAUAACUGGGAGCAACAACACUGUCAGAUCUGGGCGCAACAACAGCAUGUCUGGGAAUGAUAACACUGUCAUAUCCGGAGACAACAACGCUGUGUCUGGGAGCUUCAACACCCUUGUAUGUGGGGACAACAAUGUUCUAACUGGGGACCACCAUGUCGUAUCUGGGAGCAACCAUAUUGUAACUAACAGCUACAAUAAAGUAUCUGGGUGCACCAAUAAUGUAUCCGGGAGCCACCAUACCGUAUCCGGUAGCAACAAUGCCGUAUCUGGAAGCAACAAUACGGUAUCUGGGAGCAACCAUGUCGUAUCCGGGAGCAACAAAAUUGUAACCGACGGUUAA